ACCGAGCGCGCAGUGGGUGAGCCGGCGCGGGCAGCGGUGUCCCCAGGGCAGCCGAGAUUCCUCCCCGCUUCCCGGCCCCCGCCCCGGAGCCCACAGCGCCUCCGGUCUCCAGCGGAGUGGACACGGCCCGGCCCGGCCAUGGCCUCGUUGCUGAAGGUGGAUCAGGAAGUGAAGCUCAAGGUUGACUCUUUCAGGGAGCGGAUCACAAGUGAGGCUGAAGACUUGGUGGCAAAUUUUUUCCCAAAGAAGUUGUUAGAACUUGAUAGUUUUUUGAAGGAACCGAUCUUAAACAUCCAUGACCUAACUCAGAUCCACUCAGACAUGAAUCUCCCGGUCCCUGACCCCAUUCUGCUCACCAAUAGCCACGAUGGACUGGAUGGUCCCACGUACAAGAAGCGAAGAUUGGAUGAGUGUGAAGAGGCCUUCCAAGGAACCAAGGUGUUUGUGAUGCCCAGUGGCAUGCUGAAGAGCAACCAGCAGCUGGUGGACAUCAUAGAGAAAGUGAAGCCCGAGAUCCGGCUGCUGAUCGAGAAAUGCAACACGGUCAAAAUGUGGGUACAGCUCCUGAUUCCCAGGAUAGAAGAUGGGAACAACUUUGGGGUGUCCAUUCAGGAAGAGACAGUCGCAGAACUCAGGACUGUGGAGAGUGAAGCUGCCUCUUAUCUGGACCAGAUUUCUAGAUAUUAUAUUACAAGAGCCAAAUUGGUCUCUAAAAUAGCUAAAUAUCCCCAUGUGGAGGACUAUCGUCGCACGGUGACAGAGAUCGAUGAGAAAGAAUAUAUCAGUCUGCGGCUCAUCAUAUCAGAGCUACGGAAUCAAUACGUCACUCUACAUGACAUGAUCCUGAAAAAUAUCGAGAAGAUCAAACGGCCCCGGAGUAGCAAUGCAGAGACUCUGUACUGAGGCCAGGGCCAGGGGACUCUGUGAGUCUGGCCCAAGACCGACAUUGCCUUGGGUUGUUACGUGACUAUCGUGACCGGGAAACUGGCUGGAAGUCCUAUCGCACCGCUCUGUUUGUAGUUAGUCUAAUGAAACUCUCCUCUAGUUCUGUCAUGUGUUUUUACCUCUUUGUUCAGGCCUCAGGAACUCUCCUCUCUCUUCCCCCUGCUCCCCACCCCGAGCUGCCCUGUGUCCUGGAGAACUCCAGCUUGGGUGUGUAGGGACCGGCUUCCCCUCUUGGCACAAGCGUCCGUGUGCGUCCCUCUCCCCUCUCUCCUGUGUCUCAGGCUGUGUGUUUUCUUCGUUUUGAGGAUAGUUGCUUAGAAGCUGGGAGAACUGGAAGGAAAGUAUGUGGUGAUCUCUUAGGAACUGGUUUGGGGAUGGCAGGGGUUGUGGCUAGCUCUUUCUUUUCCUGCCAUAGGUUAGCAUCUCUUGCCUCUUUGGGACCUUGGCUCCCGCCCCCGUCUACCACCACCUCCCAGUCCCAGAUGAAGACUUAGGGUUUCCCAUCUGCACACAGCCCGCCUCGACCCUGAUCACAAGGAAACACCUUAGCCCUUCAGCCAAGCCCCCAGCUUCUUCAUUUGUUUUAGAAUGCUGUUUUCACACGUACGCGUGUGUGCAGGUGUACACACAUUGAGGCAUGCUGCCUUCCCAUGCCAUUAGCUGAUACCACCUGCUGUCAACCCCACACCUUUUGGAAGGAGGAGGUGAUCGUUUCUGAGGGUACCAUCUACCCAGACAAAAACCCGGGACCCCUCUUCUCUCCCGGUACUGUAGCCUCGUGGUGCCCAGGGUGGGUUGGAGACCCGAUAGAGAAGCAGAGGGCUUCGAGAGGCCCCCUGCCUCUGGCUCACGUCCUGUUUGCGUGACCACAGAGGCUGCCUGCUGGCUUCUGCCUCCUUCAUGCCUCUUCCUGGGCCAUUUGUCAGUUGGGGCGGGGGGUGGAGCAAGGGGGUAUGCAGCGGUGCGGUCCCAGUGCUGCUGGUCCUUCUGGGCUUCUCCUUGGGAAAUACUUCCCUUAUUUAUAGUAUUGUGCUUCCAGGGAAAGCAGUGUGUGUGUGCGCGCGUGCGUGUGGACGUGGAUACACGUGCCAGCAUGUAUUUGUGUGUAUGUGCCUCUCUGCUGGGUGAGUCAGACCGUAGAAGAGUUGCUUCCCAUCUCUGCACUCCUCUCCCUCACACCCCUGGGGAGACCAUUUAUUACAGCUUCUGUGUCGCUCGCCACCCCCCAGGCCUGCCAGUGAGUCGAUGGGACAGUCAGCCGGCCAGCGACCCAGCAUCUGCUCCGGGCUUUGACUCCUCCCCGUCUCUGUCUUCCAGCCCCCAAUUGCAUUUCUCCCUGGGAUGCAUCCCUUUGACGCAUCACAUGCCCAUAGGAAAGGAGUCAGGAUGCUGUCUUCCCGUGAGUCGUGCUCAGUAACAAACCACCGCAUUUUAGUUGGGCAGUGCCCCUCUCCCACCGCACCAGGUUCCUUCCAGCUUAAUGCCGAGCCCUUGUCUCCCUCUACCUGCUCUCUUGUUUGUGGGGUUGUUUUGCAGCCCUUCUUCCUCGCCCCACCCCCCCACUCUUGGAUCUAAUGUAAAAUUAUUUUACCAUGUCAAGAAAUGAUUAAAAUGCAGGUACUUUGA